GUCUCUGCGGACUCCCCAGGACUCACAGACUCCCCAGACCUGGAGGAUGCUGCUCUCGGGGUCCCCAACCCUCCUGCUGCUCUGGGGGGUCCUAGCCCUGACCCAGACCUGGGCAGGCCCCCAUUCCCUGAGAUAUUUCCUCGCCGCCGUGUCCCGGCCCGGCCGCGGGGAGGCCCGGUACCUGGAGGUCGGCUACGUGGACGACAUGCAGUUCGAGCGCUUCGACAGCGACUCUGAGAGUCAGAGGUCGGAGCCGCGGGCGCUCUGGGUGGAGCAGGUGGAGCCGGGCUAUUGGGACAUGACCACCCGGAACGCAAAGGCCAAUGCACAGGAUUUCCGAGUGAGCCUGCAGAUCGCCCUGGGCUAUUACAACCAGAGCCAGGAGGGGUCUCACACGCUCCAGGGGAUGCGAGGCUGUGAGAUGGGACCAGAUGGCCGCCUCCUCCGCGGUUAUUUCCAGACCGCCUACGACGGUACCGACUACAUCGCCCUGAACGAGGACCUGCGCUCCUGGACCACGGCCGACACCGCAGCUCAGAUCACCCGGCGCAAGUGGGAGGCAACUGGUGAGGCUGAGGGAAUCAGGAACCAACUGGAGGAGAACUGCAUGGAGUGGCUGCGCAGAUUCCUGGCGAUGGGGAAGGAGGUGCUGCAGCGCGCAGACCCUCCAAAGACACACGUGACCCACCACCCCAUCUCUGACCGUGAGGUCACCCUGAGGUGCUGGGCCCUGGGCUUCUACCCUGCGGACAUCAGCCUGAGCUGGCAGCGUGAUGGGGAGGAGCAGACCCAGGACAUGGAGCUGGUGGAGACCAGGCCUGCGGGGGAUGGGACCUUCCAGAAGUGGGCGGCCCUGGUGGUGCCCCCUGGAGAGGAGCAGAGAUACACGUGCCAUGUGCAGCAUGAGGGGCUCCCCAAGCCCCUGACCCUGAGAUGGGAGCCGUCUCCUUGGGCCACCAUCCCCCCUGUGGGCCUGGUUGUGGGCCUGGUCAUCCUUGGAGCUGUGCUCACUGGAGCUGUGGUCACUGGAGCUGUGAUGUGGAGGAGGAAGCGCUCAGGUGGAAAAGGAGGGAGCUAUGCCCAGGCUUCCAGCAGCGAUGGUGCCCAGGGCUCUGAUGUAUCUCUCACGGCUUCUAAAGGUGAGACUCUGGUGAUAGCAGGGGUUGGGGCGAAAGGGACAGGACUGGGUGAUGGAGAUUCUGUGGGACAUAGUGAGCCUGCGGUGGACUGUUGAGAAUGUCACUGCUUA